AUGGAUGUAUUACCUUCUAACAACAAUGGAACGAAUAGCAAUACUGAAUUGUAUACGAUAUUGAAAACAGAGCUAGAUAAGUUAUGUCUGUUGAAAUUUAAUAGCAAUGAGUUUCCUAAUAGUGAUCCAGCAAAGGCUACUAUACCGAAUAAUAUAAGUAUAUCAUUGAUCUUUAAGGAGCUCCCUUCGAGAGAGGAUUAUCCAGACUAUUAUAAUAUAAUUAGAAAUCCAAUGUCAUUGGAUAUGAUAUACAAGAGGUUGGAGAACUCCCAAUAUGAUUCUAUCUAUAAAUUACAAUCUUUUGUCGAUGAUAUUGCUCAGAUCUCGAAAAAUGCUAGAUAUUUUUACAACAUGACUACUAUUAUCCACAAAUUUGCAAAUCUGCUGGAUAAUUACCUGAAGGCGAUAUUGAUACCGUUUUUGAAUAAUAAAUUUAAUAUGAACCUAUCUAUUCAAAAUGAUCAAAAUGACCAACAAGAGCAAAACGUAAAUGCCCUGAACGUUAUUAGUAAUUCAAAUCUUUAUGAACAACAGGUUGCAGUGACUCAGCAAAGAAUACAACUUUCACCGAGUCCACCUAUUCAACAACAGUUUCAAUCACAGUAUCUAAAACAUACACAUAAUAACCAGCAAAGAAAGCAUAUUAGAAGAGGCAGACCUCCAAUAAUAGACUUCCCAUAUGUUCAGCGAAUUAAGAAUGUGUUCAAGAUGUUGAAAAAAGAAAUAGAUCAAGCAGGUGAAUCAUUGACAUCCACUUUCGAAAAGUUACCAGUUUCUAUAGAGGAAUAUAAACAAAUUAUAGACAAUCCAAUGACUCUAGAAGACGUAAGAAAAAAUGUAAGAGGAAGAAAAUAUAAAGAUUUUAUGACAUUCAAGAAAGAUAUGGAUUUGAUGUUGAGCAACUAUCAAACCUAUAACUUAUAUAAAGACCAUAAACAAAAUUUGAAAAGAUAUGAAAUACUUUUUUCAAAAUUUAAUUUGUAUUGCGAAGUUGAAUUAAAUAAACCUGACAAAGACUUUAUUCCCGAAAGUGGUGACUUAAGAUAUCCUUUAAAUGAAGUUAAAUGGGGUAAUGUAUUAUAUUCAAUUGGUGAUUGGGUUCUAUUGAAAAAUCCUAACGAUGAAGCAAAACCAAUUGUAGGCCAAAUUUUCAAAAUGUGGAAUACAACCGAUGGAAAGAUUUGGUUAAAUGUGUGUUGGUAUUUUAGACCUGAACAAACUGUGCACAGAUAUGAUAGACUGUUUUAUAAAAAUGAAGUUGUAAAAUCUGGCCAAUAUAGAGACCACACAUUUACAAGCGUUCUUGGAAAAUGCUAUGUUGUACAUUUUACAAGAUUUCAAAGAGGUGAUCCAGCUAACAUAAAAAAUCUCGACAUUCCAUUAUUUAUAUGUGAAUAUCGUUAUAAUGAAAAUGAUAAAAAUUUUAAUAAAAUUAGAACUUGGAGAGCUUGUAUGCCCGAGGAAAUUCGUGACCAGGAAGAGGUGACAAUUCCGGUACCGGGAAGAAAAUUUUUUAAAUAUCUGUCUCCUUUGGCACAUUUAUUAUCACCAACUGCAACUUUUACUGAUCCAAUCCCAGAAGCUACUGCUGGUGCACAUAAUGGACCUCCUGCUAUCGGUGCUGUUUAUAUAAGACCAGUUCUAGAAAAAGAUGACCUUGGUGAAUAUUCGACAUCACCAGAUUGUCCUCGUUAUAUUAUUAGGCCGAACGAUCCUCAACCAGAAGGGAUAAUAGAUUUUAAAAAUGGUAUUAUCGUAACGAAAGAAUCUUCAUCUCAUACUGUACGGAGAAGCAGCAGCUGUGGCAGUACAUCUGGUGGGCAUGUACAUGCGAGAAAACCAAAACCAGAAACCCCUAAAAUCAAUAUUAAUGACUUGAAUAUGAAAUCAAUGGUUUCAACAAUGCAUAAUAAUAAUGAUUCAUUUGUGAGUAAACCAAAUAUAAUUAUUAAUAAAUCAACGUAUAACCAGGUUACCAAUGAGCACACAUACUUGAUGAACCGUAAAGUUAUGCCUAAAAAGGCUAUAAUCUUUAAUAAUAAAAUACCAAUUGUAACUAAUAAAAUUAUACAAACCAAUACUACAACUAAGGUAAAAAAACCAAGCACUGUAUCAUAUUCAAGACAUGUGCUAGAAAAGGUAACAACCGAAACACAAGUCAAAAAUAUGAAAAGAUACCAGGAAAAAGCUACCAAUACACGUAGACGAGAUUACAACUUAUCUUCAAUUGUAUCCAAUUUAACAAAUAAAGCAUCGAAAAGUUCUUUAGGUAAAAUUAUUAUAGAGACACCAAAUAGUUACGUUCUGUCGAUUCCGUUGAAUUCCAAAUUUAAUACUUUACAGAAGUGUGAAAAGAGAAAUAAAUCUGAAAAAACUCCACAUAAUAUUUCUGUAAACAAUAAUCCAUACAUUGCAGAUGUGUUAUGGUUCAAAGGACCUGGUAUCAAUGUAAGUGCUAGAAUGGUUAACAGUGGUGUGAAUCUAUCAUCAAUAGCACUGAAUACAUGGAAAAAACGUAGACGUGUCCACUUCGAUGAAGUUGAAGAAAGUAUUGAAGUGGCAGAUGAUGAUGCCGUAUUCGAUUCAGAUGAUGAAAGGGUUGCUGAACCAGAUGACGUCCAAGAAAUGCCGGAUAUGGGGUUAAAACCUUCUGCAAGUUAUAUAGCAUACAGAAUGAGACAAUCAAAAUAG